AUGUGCAACGGAUGGCCAAUCGACGAUCGUUUCAACACUAGAUCCUGCCCUAUCCAGGAGUUCCGAGGCUUCCUCCUCGACGUGCGCGAAUGCGGCCGCGAUGCGAGUGACCGGGCCGAGUUCUACGCCAUGCUCGGUCGCCGGAGAGACGAACGGAUCACCGAACUGCAAGAGGCGUGGUACGACGUGCGCGGUUGGAUGCGGCUGUACCAUACAGACAAGCUCUACCGAUGCCAAGAGCCUUGCUGCCUCAAUCGCCUGGCGACUUUGAACAAGGCUCGUUCCAGCCCACAGCUCCAAAAUGCAGACAGCGAGCGCACCGAAUGGUUCCACAUCAUGUCUGGGUCCAUGGCCUUGGACGCCAUGGUCAGGUACUUUGACGGUUUCGUCCGCGAACUGCGCGAGCAACUUCAAGCCCGGUCGCUGAGAGAGCAGCUUCAAGCCCGGUCGCGCAUGGAGAACGGGCGGCAACCAGAUGCAGUCGCCCAAGAGACGCGGACGCAGUCAUCCGCCACGGUUGUGUCGGCCGAGUCUGCUGAAGCCGUCUCCGAUCGCUCAUCGCCGACACUGGUCUCGGAGCGUUCGCCCCCUACGAGCGGGCAAAAGGCGAACGGCGGGCCAGACAUGGCCCAGCCGUUCAGCGAGGGAUCAAGCUCCAAAGCCACACUCGGCACGUCACCCUCGACGCCAUGCAAAAAGCGCCCUCGAACCGACCCAGCGCGGGCAACAGCAGCCUCUUUGAACGACCAAGUCCAAUGGGCCACAUCCGAGGAACGUGAGCAGGGAGAGGGUGCGGACGACGCAUCGAGGGACUCACCGCGCCAGCAAGCAGAGCCGCGAAACAAGAGACGCCGCCGCGUUCCUCCUCCCCCAUCUUCGUCGUCACCCAGUCACAACAUGACUGCUGCUAGCCCCGGCGACGACACCCCCGGCGCAUACGGGCAUGGAGUCCCGCCCACGGGGCCCCUGAAGGGCGAGGAAGAGCAGCGGGCUGCAGCCGCAGGCGACCCUCCAAGAACCACUCUAGGCGUUCACCAAGACCCGCCACCCCACGGCACCUCGCGGCCGGCCUACACGAGCGGGACGGGCGAAGAGGCAAGGGGUCCACCAAGCCCAUCGGGGACGACCGAGGAAGAGGAGGAGGAGCUGCUCCAUGCCACGCAGUAUCCGGGAUCCAAGGUUGCGCAGUAUCGGUUCGAUCUCGUCGAGCACGUAAGGAUAAACUUAAAAGUAGGGCAAGAGUAA